AUGACGCCCACCCUCUUUACACCCAUCCAAGUGGGCCACAUGGAAAUUAGCCAUCGUAUAGUCCUCGCCCCCCUUACCCGUGUUCGUGCUUACCCUACCCAUGUACCCGGACCUCAUGCAGCCACCUACUAUGCGCAACGUGCAUCUGUCCCAGGGACACUCCUCAUCUCCGAAGCGACCUUCAUCUCCCAGGCCGCUGGUGGGAGGGAGUUCGUUCCAGGGAUCUAUACCCAGGAACAGAUAGAAGGGUGGAAAAGGGUCACUGAUGCUGUACACGAGAAGGGUAGCUUUAUAUUUUGCCAACUGUGGGCACUCGGGAGAGCUGCAGUCCCAGAUGCCCUUGCCAAGGAGAAUAACUCCCCUCUUGUAUCCGCCUCUCCUAUCCCACUCUCCAUCCGCCCCACUGCAGUCCCCCACGCACUCACAGAAUCAGAAAUAAAAUCGUAUAUUACGAGUUUUGUCGCUGGUGCCAAGAAUGCCAUCGCAGCAGGCUUCGAUGGCGUCGAAAUUCAUGGUGCAAAUGGAUACCUUGUCGACCAGUUCUUGCAAGAAGUGAGUAAUACCCGGGAGGACGGAUGGGGUGGGAGUAUCGAGAAGAGAGCAAGAUUUGCGAUAGAGAUCACGGAUGCGCUUGUCAAAGAAGUCGGCGCUGAGAGGGUCGGCGUUAGACUGAGUCCAUGGAGUCCGUUUCAAGAUAUGGGCCUUCCUGAUCCAAAACCACAAUUCUCCUACCUUGUAAGCGAGCUCAGGAAGUACGACCUCGCCUACCUUCAUGUCACAGAGCCACGUGUCGGCGGAAACGUUGAUGUGGAUGCACCACCACAGAGUAGCAACGAUUUCCUGCGUGAUAUAUGGUACAAGGAGGGAAAGAACGGCGUGUUUAUCAGUGCGGGCGGGUACACACGACAGACCGCAAUUGAGACAGCGCAGAAGCACGGGGACAUGAUAGCGUUUGGCAGGUUGUACAUUCCGAAUCCCGACCUCCCUGCCAGACUUAUACAUGACCUGCCGCUUGCUAAGCCCGACCGUGCAACAUUCUACCUCGCUGGCGAUCACACUGAGAAGGGAUAUACCGAUUUUCCAGCAGCAGACGUACAGAUAGAACAGAAGUCGUGA